AUGUAUAUAUAAUAAGAAGAUGAAAUUUCAAUAUGGGAAGAAAAUCAACUUAAUACUAAUGGAGUAAAUUCUAACUAAUUUAUUGAUAGCAGAGGAUAAUAAUUAGAUUUUUACUAAAUUUAUAGUUUGCACUUUGCUUUAUACUAAUAAGCUUAUCUGUUCCGCAUAAAUACUAAUUAAGAAGUAUAAAUUCUUUCAUUACAUUUUAAUAAAGAAAUACCAAGAGAAUAUUUAUAGUAUCAACAUUGCUUUCUUGAUAAAUACUAUGAUACCUAGAAAAAAAAUUAAUCUAUUCAAUAAAAGAUUUAGAGAUCUAAAUCUUCAUAUGAAAAAAAUUAAUUUAGUUCUACCAAGUUAAAUUAACAAAUUAUCAAAAGACAUCAAAUUAGAAUUGAUUAAAAAUAAAUUACCAAGCUGAUGCAAAUAAAAAUAGUCCCAGUCAGAUAAAUAGAUUUAACGAAUGAUAAUAAUAAUUAUGAUGAUCAUAAUUAUGAAUACACAAAUAAAAGCAAAACCUUAAAAAUACUUCUCCUGAAUAUAAAUAAGAUUAAUAGUAAGGGAAUAAAUAUAUUGAAACACAUAAAAGCCUCAAAUACAAUCUUUAUUAAGGAUGCUAAUAGAGUAGAUGAUAAUCGAGGUUUUACAGAUGGGGCAGAAGGAAGGGAUUAUUAAUUAAUAGAAAGCUGA